UUGUGUUAAAUCCUUUUGUAUAGAUCUAUAUCAUAUACUAGGCACUAAGCACUAGUUGAACUUGUCUUCCAUAUCUGUAUAGAUUAAAUAACUACAACGUUUAUUAUCUCUGUACGUUGCGCGAAAGACAGUAGCUGUUUUUGGUAAAGUGAUACGACUAAUAUAGUUCGAAUGAAUAAUUUGCCCUAGAGCCAUUAUAUAACGGGUUCAGUGAUAAGAAACCGAUAAUGUCUAGAAAUAUCCUCCAGCUGUCGAAAUUUCCGAGAGUCCUCCUGAAUACUCAUCGCAACUAUUCAGAGGCAUCAGCGCAGUUCCCAAAAAUUACAACUCAUUACACCCGCAAUCCCAGGGACAAAGACGAAAGAUGGACAGAAGUCGACAUGGAACGCUUCGCAGACGAAGCCGAUCUUCUAAUUGUCGGUGGUGGUCCUGCUGGAUUCUCGGCUGCGAUUCGCGCGAAGCAGAUUGCAGCUGAGAAGGGACAAGAACUUCGUGUAUGUCUAGUGGAGAAAGCAUCCGAAGUUGGUGGCCACAUACUGUCCGGUGCUUGCCUUGACCCCGUUGCCUUGAACGAACUGAUUCCCGAUUGGAAGGAAAAGGAAGCCCCGCUGAAUACCCCUGUAUCCCAUGACCAAUUUUCUUACCUCACGAAGAAUGGCAAGCUACCUAUUCCCAUUUUCCCGGGAUGGCCUAUGGAUAAUCGUGGAAAUUAUGUAGUUCGCUUGGGGCAUGUUGUGGCUUGGCUAGGUCAACAAGCUGAAGAGUUGGGAGUGGAGAUCUACCCAGGCACUGCAGCUUCGGAAGUACUCUUUCAUGAGGAUGGAUCUGUGAAAGGCAUUGCCACCGGAGAUGUGGGCAUUUCGAAAACUGGAGCUCCCAAGGACACUUUUGCUCGUGGCAUGGAGUUGCAUGCUAAAGCUACCAUUUUUGCUGAGGGAUGCCGCGGACACUUAUCCAAACAGUUAAUGGUCAAAUUCGGGCUCAAUGCUGAGAACGAUCCCCAAACCUAUGGAAUCGGGUUAAAGGAAGUGUGGGAAAUUAAACCCGAAAAUCAUAAGCCAGGUUUGGUUGAACAUACCAUUGGUUGGCCUUUGGAUAAAAAUACUUAUGGCGGAUCAUUCCUCUACCAUCUGAACGAGCCAACACCCGUCGUUGCAGUCGGUUUCGUUAUCGGGCUGGAUUAUGUGAAUCCUUACAUCAGUCCGUUCCAAGAAUUCCAACGGUUUAAAACCCAUCCCAAGAUGAGAACUGUCUUCGAAGGAGGCAGCCGUAUUGCAUACGGUGCACGUGCCUUGAAUGAAGGAGGCUUCCAAAGCCUCCCAAGGCUUACUUUCCCCGGCGGAUGCCUUGUUGGAUGUGCUGCUGGUUUUAUGAACGUGCCACGGGUUAAAGGAAGCCACUACGCUAUGAAGAGUGGAAUGUUGGCAGCAGAAAGUGUAUGCGAAGCCAUCUUCUCGGGCGCUACACAGGAAAAAACUGGACUGGAACCAAAAGACUAUCCAGAUAGGAUCAAAGAGUCAUACGUUUGGAAAGACCUGUACAAGGUACGAAACGCGCGUCCCAGUUUCCACAAUGCGUUCGGACUGUUUGGCGGUGUUGCCUACAGUGGAUUCACCCUUCUGCUAGGCGGACGCGAACCAUGGACGCUCAGACACGGAGCUCCCGAUCAUACGCGCCUGAAACCGGCGAAGGAAUUCAAACCAAUCGAAUAUCCGAAACCUGAUGGAAAGCUUACGUUUGAUUUGCUUUCGUCUGUGGCCUUGACCGGUACCAACCACGAGGGCGAUCAACCGGCCCAUCUGACGCUGAAGGAUGAUACCGUCCCGGUUAAGAACAACCUCGCCAUAUACGAUGGACCGGAGGCACGGUACUGUCCGGCUGGUGUGUACGAGUUUGUACCCAAUGAGGAAGGCGGCAACAUGAAAUUGCAAAUCAAUGCUCAAAACUGCAUUCACUGCAAAACGUGCGACAUUAAAGACGUGACACAAAAUAUUAACUGGGUUGUCCCGGAAGGUGGCGGCGGCCCAGCCUACAAUGGAAUGUAACUGUGCAAUAGCGCUCUGCUAAGCAUUUAUCAAUGCACCUGCCGCCGUAUCGAAUUUUGUUACAACCUUUUUGUUAUUAGGAUAGAUGCACUGAUUUCUUUUCUACAUUCUGCAAUAGGAAUAAACAUUGUUAAGCAUCGACAAGAACUGCUUUUUUCAAAUACUGUAAAA